GUUGUUUGUGAGUACACACAUUACACUGGACCACCACAGGCCCCCAGCCAAACCAGCCUGCAAAGCCACCAUGAGAGAAUUCAAGAGCAAGGCAUUCUGGAGGGCCGUGCUGGCAGAGCUCGUCGGGAUGACCCUCUUCAUAUACCUCAGCAUCUCCACAGCCAUCGGGAACCCCAAUAACACUAAACCAGACCAGGAGGUCAAGGUUUCUCUGGCCUUUGGAUUGGCAAUCGCCACCCUGGCCCAGAGUCUGGGACACAUCAGUGGAGCCCACCUGAACCCUGCUGUUACCCUGGGCAUGCUGGCCAGCUGUCAGAUCAGUGUCUUCAAGGCAGUCAUGUACAUCGUGGCCCAGAUGCUGGGGUCUGCCCUGGCUAGUGGCAUUGUGUUUGGAACGCGUCCAGACAACACAAACGCACUGGGAGUAAACGCACUCAAUGGUGUCACUCCAGGACAAGGCGUGGGCAUUGAGCUCCUGGCCACCUUCCAGCUGGUCCUAUGUGUCAUUGCAGUCACUGAUAAAAGACGACGUGAUGUCACAGGGUCUGCUCCCCUGGCCAUUGGCCUCUCAGUCUGUUUGGGACACUUGGCAGCUAUCAGCUACACAGGCUGCGGCAUCAACCCUGCUCGCUCCUUCGGCCCCGCACUGAUCAUGAAUGAUUUCACAAACCACUGGGUGUACUGGGUGGGGCCAAUGUGUGGAGGUGUGGCUGCCGCUCUCAUCUACGACUUCCUGUUGUACCCAAAAUUUGAUGACUUCCCUGAGCGUAUAAAGGUCCUGGUCAGUGGCCCUGUGGGGGACUACGAUGUCAAUGGAGCUGAUGACACAACCGCCGUAGAGAUGUCCUCAACAAAGUAGAGUCAUGAAACCAGCAUCAUAUAGUGUAUAGUACUUUGAGAUACUUAUAUAUGCUCAUAUAAAGAGUUUAAAAUGCCCUUUAAUAUGAAAGAAUGUUGUAUUAUUUCAUAUUGCUGAUAAAUAAUGUUGUCAUAGGGAAGGGGCAUUUUGUCAUAGGGAAGGGUCAUUAGUUAAAACAACACAUUUGUUUACUACAAACUAUUUGUUCCCAAACUAUUCAUUUGAACAUGCACUUCAGUUUUUGAGAGUCCUAAAAGAGACAGAAUAUGUAUAAAACGAAUUCCCUUAUCAGUAUUCUAUGUAGAGUUUUUGUAAACAUAUUUCUAUACAUUUGUUUCUGUAUGACUUUUUAUUUUUCAUGUAUUGUGUGUGCACUCCUGAAUUGUCUUUCACUUUUGUAAGUAAAUAAAACAGCGGUUGUUAACA